UAAGCGCCGUGUUUUUACUGAUGAGGAGCGAUGUCAAACAGUCUGCCUCAAUCUUCAAGCGUAACGUUCGUCAAAUUCGCCAUUGGCUCGAGGAAGAGUCAGCUUCUGCCGCUAAAAGAGAGCUAUAUGCUUAUCAAUCCACAUAAACACCAUUGCUCUAGGUCUUAUCGGAGCUCAGAGCCUACAGUUUAAAGGUUGAUCCUCUGAGCAUAAGGCCAUAAGCUACUCAAGCUGCAAGGAGGACAAGCAGUAGUCUGACUCAUUUUGAAAUUGUUAUCAGAAGCUGUGGCCACUUCAACCUCUGUGAGUGCGAGCCAAAUCGGAGAAUAGGCUAGAAAAGGGAACUGAUGGCAGGCAGUGGUGGAAAUCUUAGUUCCAAUCAGUCAUCUGUGUCUCAUCAAGCUCCGAAAAUCCUAUUAGCCAAACCUGGACUUGUUUCCGCCGGUAAGUUCAACCGUGGUGGACCUGACGAUGAUUCUGCAGCUCACCGCCCACGUCUUCCCUCCAUUGGAUCUCUUAAUCUUCUCUCUGACACCUGGGAUUUCCUCACGGAUCGUUUUCUACCGUUUCUAACGGAUAAUACAGACUUUACAGUAGUGGGUGUGAUUGGUCCUCCAGGGGUUGGGAAGUCGACGAUAAUGAACGAAAUUUAUGGUUUUGAUGCUAGUUUGCCUGGAACUCUUCCUCCGUUUGCCAUAGAAACAGAAGAAACAAGGGCUAUGGCAAAACAUUGUACGGUUGGCAUUGAACCACGGGUUUCAUCUGAACGGAUUAUACUGCUUGAUACACAGCCUGUUUUUAGCCCCUCGGUUUUGGCUGAAAUGAUUAGACCAGAUGGCUCAUCCACCAUACCCAUAAUAAGCGGUGAAUCUUUAUCGGCUGAGCUAGCUCAUGAACUAUUGAGCAUCCAGCUUGGUGUUCUUCUGGCAUCCAUUUGUCACAUUAUAUUGGUGGUAUCAGAUGGAAUCCAUGAUGCUAGCAUGUGGCAACUCAUGUCAACGGUUGAUUUGCUAAAGCAUGGGAUACCUGAUCCAUCAUCUUUAACCCUUUCUCAUCCUCAAAGCUCUGAGAAAGAAAACAGAGACAGAAUUCUAGAUAGUGGAGGAGAGUACAUGGCUGAUCCAGUUUUUGUGCAUACAAAGCUAUGCACUGAAGAUCUAGCACCAUGUAAUCUUGUUCAACUGAAGAAGGCACUAACACAAUUCUUUUGCUUGUCAUCCUUUGUGAGAUCAGAAAACCACAACACUGCUAAAGAGAGUCAAGUUUCUGCUGUUUCUUCCAACGUUCAAAGUGCUGGUCGAGAAUCUGAAUUUUUAAAAUUAUUUCUAAUUCCAUCUAGAAAUAAGGAUGAUUCCUUGAAGCCUCAAUAUGAAAGCCACAUUUCAGCAUUAUGGAAUUUGCGGGAUCAGGUUUUGUCAAAGAGAGGUCCGUCUUUCUCAAGGACUGUGUCUGAGCGUGAUUGGGUGAAAAAUUCUGCCAAGAUAUGGGAAAUUAUUAGGAAUUCUUCCAUUAUUGUGGACUAUUGCAGAACUCUUCAAAGUUCAGGCAUGUUUAGGAGGUAAUAAUAGCUUUAAAUUUUUCU